AACAAGAAACGCAAAGCGCAGAGCAAACAGAGAGAGAGAGAGAGAGAGAGAGAGAGAAAAGAAGGAGACUUUCCUUGGGGUGAAUUUAUUGGAUCCAGAAACCCUACAAGGCUACAGAUCUCAUCUCAGCAAAUCAUGGAGCACGCUAGAGCAGCAGUUCUUCCACAACAACCCAGAGGAAAUGACAAAGUCAAGAAUGAAGCACAUAGAAGGAACCGGCGUGUUCUUGGAGACAUUGGUAAUAAUCUUGAGGCUGGUCGUAUUGUUGAAGGGAAGCCCCCUGUUCAGAUUUCUCGCCCCAUAACUAGGUUUAUUUCUCUCUCUCUCUCUCUCUCUCUCUCAGGCGAAAUUACUAACAAGUUGUACUUGACUUGCAGAAGUUUUCAUGCACAACUGUUAGCAAAGGCACAACAAGCACAAGCAGAAAAGAAUCAUGUGAACCCUGUGCUGCCGGUUGUUGAAGAUAAAAAACGAGGUCCUGCCAAGAAGGUGGCAGUGGCUGUAGCUCCCAAGAAGGCAAUUGAAAAGCCAAAAUCUGAGACUCUGGUUGUUAUAAGUUCUGAUGAAAGAGUAAAGGAUAAACCAGUGAACCAAUGCAAGCCAGUAGAAGGGCCUUCAAGGAAGGAAGUCAAGACUCUGACUUCGAUCCUCACAGCUCGAAGCAAGGCUAUGGCUGGUGGAGUUAACAUCAAGCCAAAGGAAAAGAUUGUUGAUUUUGAUUCAGCUGAUGUUAAUGAUGAAUUAGCUGUGGUGGAAUACAUUGAUGACUUGUACCAGUUCUACAAGCUCACUGAAGAUGACAGCAGAGUUAAUGAUUACAUGGAGUCGCAGCCAGACAUAAACCCAAAGAUGAGAUCAAUCCUAAUAGACUGGUUGGUAGAAGUUCACAGGAAAUUUGAACUGAUGCCUGAAACCUUCUACCUGACUGUGAACAUAAUUGAUCGAUACUUGUCAAUGAAGAUCGUUUCUAGGAGGGAACUUCAGCUAGUUGGUAUUAGUUCUAUGGUUAUAGCAUCCAAAUAUGAGGAAAUCUGGGCUCCACAGGUCAAUGACUUUGUUUGCUUAUCAGACUAUGCAUACACUGGUGAUCAGAUACUUCUGAUGGAGAAAGCAAUUCUGGGGAAGUUAGAAUGGUACCUGACAGUUCCUACCCCAUAUGUCUUCCUGUCUAGAUACAUCAAAGCCUCUGUUUCACCUGGUGAAGAGAUGAAGAAUAUGGUUUUCUUUCUAGCUGAGCUCGGAAUUAUGCAUUAUCCAACUACUAUUCGGUACUCUCCCUCCCUGAUAGCUGCUGCAGCUGUCUAUACUGCACGUUGCACCCUCAACAAAGCUCCUUUCUGGACUGAAACUCUGAAGCACCACACUGGCUACUCUGAAGAACAGUUAAGGGAUUGCGCCAAGCUCCUGGUUGGCUUUCACUUGAAAGCUGCAGAAAGCAAUCUUCAAGCAGUUUAUCGGAAAUUCUCGAAGCCUGAACAUGGUGCCGUUGCUCUUUUCACUCCGGCCAAGAGUUUUCAGUCCUCAUCUUCUUCUUGAGCUGAUUCAAGUGUUGUGUUUAUUUCGAGUCUUGUUUACUUUUUGUAGACAAAAGCACCCAUAUCCCCAUAUGUGCAAGUGGUGUUUUUAGAUUGAGUAAUGAGUAUGAGAA